GGGCGCGUGCCUCUCCGGUCCUCUCGCACCUGUGGGAGGGCCUAUAACGAGCAGUAACCAACCAAGUGUCUUACCUGUGAACACAAAUGUCAUCCACAGUGCCUCCUCAUGAAACACUGCAGUUCAUUCCAGCAGCUACGGUGAAACUCAAGAUGGAUAUGCUGGGAGAAACGGGUGAUUCCCCGGAAAAAACGACAACAUUGAACACGAGUUUAGAUAUAUCGCUCGAGGCCAAGCGAUGCACGGACUACAGUCCUCCGGCGGAGACGGAUGAGACUGAAAGCGGUAAGGGGGACCGGGCAGAGAAGCCCCCGUAUUCUUACGUGGCCCUUAUCGCCAUGGCCAUCAAAGAGAGCAAAGAGAAGAGGCUAACAUUGAGCGGAAUUUAUGAGUUCGUCGUCUCCACAUUUCCCUACUACGAGAAGAACAAGAAGGGUUGGAAGAAUAGCAUUCGACACAACCUCAGUCUCAACGAGUGCUUCGUCAAAGUUCCUAGAGAAGGACUCGGUGACAGGAAAGGUAACUUCUGGACUCUGGAUCCUGCUUUCGAAGACAUGUUUGAGAGAGGGAAUUACAGGCGACGGAGAAGGGUGAGGAGACCGUACCGGCUGUCUUCCUUGCCGUACCCCCCGAGAAACCCCCCCGUGGACUUCAGCGAGACCCUAUACCUGCAUCAGGCGCACGUGUUUGUGCAACCUCCUUUUCUGAGUAACUCCUGGACGAGCCAGCCCCAAGCCAACCCCUUUGGCUUCCCAUCUCCGCAUGGCGCUAGCGGACACUCACGCCCUAUAUCCCCACCAGGAUAUUCCAACAGCCCGGUGACCUACCACAAUCACCGCUUCCAUCACGCGGCUUAUGGAGCGUACCACGGACACCCGUCCGUCCUGGUGCCCCACAACGGAUGUCCCUACGGCGGUGUGACGCAGCCCUUGAGCCCCAGUGGUGGAUCUGCUCAAACAGCAUACCCUCACUACACCUAUGCCAUUCAACCAGACAUGCCACUUGUUCACUCAAUGGAUUAGUUUGCUAUGGAAUUCGGAAGUUGACUUGUUAGUUUAAGGACGCUAAACUUAUUUUCGCCUGCCACUUUUUUAGUCUAUUUUUAAAAAGAAGGGCAGCGGUUUCAUUUAAGGGUUUGGAGCUGUUAAAAUUGAUGUUCUGACGCUGAAAUAUUCCAGUACUUUCGGAAAGUUGCACUUUGUAUACUAAGUAGCCUAUAAAGUCAUGCAAAAGGAAAUGGAGGCUCAGAUAGGCUAAGCCUAAAUAUGUUCAUGUUAUUUAUUUGUAUUGUUCUGUAAGAUUAUCAAUUACAAAUUAGGAUACACAUCAAAUAUCUUUAAGUGCCUGUAUUCUCCUGUUAAUCUAUCAAAUGUUAACGUUGUCGUUUAGAUACAUAUCCGUUCAAUGAAUGUUGAAUUGAUGUCAAACAUCAUGUAUGUUUCAAUACAUGUUCUAUUUGCAAUUAAAACCGUAUUGGCAAUUUGCAUAGGCCGGUGCCUAUAUCACCUGCAUGUGGAUUAUGGUUGCACAUGAAAUAGCCUAACCUUGUUUAGGCUGUUAAUCUUGAACCUAGUCGUGUGUAUGUGUGCAGAAGUUUACAUAAUGUAAACAUGUAGGCUACUAAGAGUUGUAUCUUAAACUUAAUAAAAUUUGAACUUUAUAAAACA